AGCCAUUCAGCCCCUGCGGUUGUCCCCCGCUUUCAUUGAAGAUUCCGGCUCACAGACCAGCCGUCGCCCCAGGCGAUGACUGGAGCGGAAGAUGUCUGAGCCGACCCUCGCGGCCAAGUGCACUGCGGAGUUCGUGGGUACCUUUCUCCUCGUCUUCACGGUGGGGUGCAAUGUUCUGGGCGGCAGUGCCACCUGGGCCGGUGUCUCCAUCGCCUUCGCGCUGAUGGUCUGCAUCUACGCCCUGGGCGGCAUCUCGGGCGCCAACUUCAACCCAGCGGUCUCCGUGACUUUGGGCCUCUCACGCGCCCUUGGUGGUCCAGGACUCGACUGGAAGACGGUGGGCGUCUACUGUGGGGCGCAGUCCGCCGCGGGCGUGGCGGCGGCGGUGUGCUACUCGCUGCUCUUUGGGCAGAGCUUCAACCUGGCGCCUGCCAAAGGCUUCUCCUGGCUCCACGCAGGUACGUGCGAGCUGCUGUACACCUGCAUGCUCACUUUUGUGGUGAUGAACGUGGCCGCGGCCAAGAAGAACGCCACGGAGAAGAACCAGUACUACGGCAUCGCCAUCGCCUUCACCGUGGUGGCCGGGGCCUAUGGCGCUGGCGCCAUCUCGGGGGGCUGCUUCAACCCGGCGGUGGCUCUGGGCAUCGAUGUGUCCAGCAUCUUCCAGGGCUUUGGGUGGUCGUUGGUCUACAUCGUCUUCGAGCUGAUGGGCGCUGCGAUGGCUGCGGCACUCUUCAAGGUGGUGCGGCCCGAGGACUUUGGCGCCGAGAAGACCCUGGUCACCGAGCUUGUCAGCGAGUUCCUGGGCACCUACAUGCUGGUCCUCACCGUUGGCCUGAACGUGCUGAGCCAGUCUCAGGCGGCCGCCUUCUCCAUCGCAGCCGCCCUGACCUCCAUGGUCUACGCCUUGGGGGACGUGUCCGGGGCGCACUUCAACCCUGCGGUCACCGUAGCCAUCUUGGCCUCCGGGCGCUGCCCGGAGUUGACCCCGCAGAAGGCGGGCGCCUUCGCGGGAGUGCAGGUGGCGGGCGGCGUCGCUGCGGCGUUCACGUAUACACUGAUCUACCAGGGCCAGACCUUUGGGCUGGGCCCAGUGGGUUUCAGCACCUGGGCAGGAGUUUCCGUGGCCGAGACUGUCUACACUUUUGUGCUCUGCUUCGUGGUGCUCUGUGUGGCGGUCUCGGAGCGCACCAAGGCGUCUCAGCUCUUCGGCCUCGCCAUCGGCGCCUGCGUUACCGUGGGUGGCUUUGCCAUCGGAGGCAUCUCGGGGGGAUCGCUGAACCCCGCGGUGUCGUUCGGUAUUGCCACUGCCAACAUCAUCAACGGCGGCAUGUUCUUCAAGGCUUUCAUCUACACCUUCCUGGAGAUUCUCGGCGCGGUUGCAGCGGCAGGAGUCUUCAAGGUCACCCACGAGGUGGAGAUGGCACUUCCAGAGGGCAAGGUGGAAGCAUGAGGGCAAGGCAGACAGCCAGCGCUCUGAGACAUUUGUACGUAGUUGGACAUUCCGAAUUGACUGCGUGCUGCACGUUGUUUGGCCUUGUUCUUACGGAGACCUCGCCCGGGGCGAGGCUGGUCGGUGCCCUCGCACUGUCGCACAGCAUCCGCAAUCGAAUGGAGAACGACAGGGACAGGGUGCCAAAGACAUGCGCGUGGC